ACUUCCGGGGUGUGCGCGCGCGUCCUCCCGCUUGCCCCAGGCCGUUGCGACGGUAACGUUAGGCGGAGUUGUGAAAGACGAAGCUGCGUCCGGGCUGGAGGCGCGGCGGGGGCCUGACCCCCCCGCAGUUCAGUUCCCCUCCAGCCGUGAACCGGCCUGAAAAGGGAAAGGGGUCCCUUUGGCAUGUAUAAAUGGGUCCUCACGAAGGCCGACCGUCGUAAUUCUGCACGCUCGGUAACUUUGCCAUAAAGCUGUGGAGUCUCCUGACCGCUUUGCCUGCGUUGCCUUACCACAGCCUUGCAAGGUGCCUUGCCCAACCAUGGCUAGCCAGCAUGACGAGGCUGGGAAGGAUGGCACUUUUGCGUCUGAGGACUUGGCCGCCGAAGCCAUGGCAGCCAACAUGGAUUCCUGGGUGGUCUUUGAUGCCCGCAAGACUCCCAGGGCUGAAUUCGAGGAAUGGCUGCAGACCUACCAGCCGUCUCGCGUCUCUCGCUUUGGCAACCCAGAGUGCAACACCGAGCCAGUGGGCUGGAUCGCCGUCUACGGCCCCGGUUUCUGUCCAGAGGGUGGAGAUGUCAUAGGGCUUCAGGAGGACUGGGAACGGCUGCAGCUCAGUGGGCGCCACAUCACCUUCGAGUCUAUCAAGGAGCUGGCCCUGAACCGGCGGGUCCUGACUGGCAAGUGGCUCAUGCACUUAGACAGCGGCUUCAAAGUAGACCACGCUUGGUGCGGCAUUGCCCGGGCAGUCCUCGAAGGGCGCGUCGGGGUGGCCAAGGUGAGCCCCUGCUGCCCCGACUCCGAGCGCAAGCACGUGAUCUGCGUGUACACAGACGACUUCACUAAUGAGGAGCAGGUACUGGCGGCCGACUCCGUGAUCAGGGCCACGGGGGUGAAAUGCCUCCUGUCCUACAAGCCUGACGUUUACACCUACCUGGGCAUCUACCGUGACAAUCGCUGGCAUCUCUGCCCCACCAUUUACGAAAGCAAGUUUGACUUGGAAUGUGUGCCCCGUCGCUCACGCAUCAUUAACAAAGUGAGCAAUGCCGAAGUGACUUAAACUCCUGCUUCUGAACACAUGACAUUCCUGGAGGAAACAGCACGGAUGCUGGGAACUACAAAUCCCACCAUGCAGUGUUCACUCAACUCCCUUUUCUCUCAGAGGACACAUGAGAAGGUAGAAUUGCCCAGCGCAGGCAGGCUGGAUAAGAGUUUGUGUCAACGGGAUUUCUGAGAAGCUUAAAAGUCCAUCUUUGUAACACUAUGUGAGUGGACAUUUGCAUUUACCAUUAAACGGCUAAACUGUGUGUGCUGCACUCCCUGGGGGGAACUGAUAGGCUUUGAAACUGUCCAUCUUUUUAUUGCAGAAGGUGCCCAACAGAAGAUCCCUACCAAUCUUCUUCUGCAGAAUGGCUCACCAACAGUAGGAGAAGCGAUUUGCUGCAAUGUCGGAUUUCUGCCAUCUAGGAAGGCAGGGGGUUAUCAGAAACCAAACACAGCAGCAGAGAGGGAAGAACAGUGCUGGUUUCGUUUUGGUAGAGGUGUGAAAUGGAAACUCUAGGCAACAGACAGUCUAAUUUUUCUUACCAGCCUUUGCUCAAAGUAAUUGGACUUUAUUUUUGUGGUUCUUGGCUGCAUUUACCUGUAACUAGGCUGAAAAUAAAAAGGCAUUUUUUCCCUCUCUUGGUCUGAGG